AAACAACCUCCUUUUCGAAUUGGGAUCGGACCACCAAUGUGAUGGGCUGGCCACCUGCUGUUGUUAUUGUCGUCAGACACGGUGCGCGACUUGAUGCUGCAGACAAACAGUGGCAUCUCACAUCACCGACUCCCUAUGAUCCUCCCCUCACCUACGGCGGCUGGUCUCAAUCGAGAGCCCUUGGCGCCCGCAUAGCGAGUAUCCUACGAACCCGGGAGACCGACGAUUUGCCCGUUACAAAUGGUUCCGAGGAUCAGAAGGGAGGGAAGGGGAGAAGACGAAGACACAAGGUCAUUAUACAUACGUCGCCCUUCCUACGCUGCGUUCAAACCUCUGUCGCCAUUAGCGCAGGCCUCUCCCAGAACCCCGGUCACCAUCGGCCCUCCUCCCGAUCUCAUGCAAGCAAGUCCUCACACAGCCAUCCAUCACGAAAUGCAUCCCCGGCAGCGUCUACGAGCUCUCCGAAGCUAGCUCCAAUCCCAGAGCCUUCUUCUGUUAAAGCGAAUUCUAAACCGAACGAGCAACCAGAGAAUAUCAAGACAUCAACUAUUCGUGUCGAUGCCUUCCUCGGAGAAUGGCUAUCACCAGAUUAUUUCGAAUAUAUUACGCCUCCUCCCAGUUCGAUUAUGAUGGUGGCAGGUGCAAAAGCAGAUCUACUACGACGGGAAGAUUACAGCAAUCUAACAUACGCUCGAGACUUGCCGGCUCACCAGCCACGAGGGUUCCCCGGUGGAUGGCAAAGCCCCACAAUGCAUCACGAGAAGGAAGAAGAUGAAGGACCUCUUUCCAACCUUUCUAGCCUUGCCCAAUCACUUCCCCGGCGAGACCGCACGAACAGUCUCAGUAGUGUAGGGGCUAGCGGGAGCCGAAAUAGAGGCAAGUCUCCAAAUAACUUGACCAUAUCAGCGUCGACAGAGCACGGAACCUACCAGCCCCCUAUUCCAAUCUAUCCAAUCUCGAAUUCCGAGCCGAUCCCGCCUGGAUUUGUGGCACAUGCUCGAGAUGCCUGCGUCGAUGUAGACUACCAGUGGGAUAGUAUGCGCGAGCCCCAGCACUGGGGUAACGGUGGCGAGUAUGGUGAAGAGUGGAGCUCCAUGCAUAAAAGGUUUCGGAAAGGCUUGCAGGACAUGGUCACAUGGUACAAAGAGACCGACAAUCCAGACAGACUUUCGACGAAGACGUCAGCCAGUUCUGAACGUAACAGUACUGGAAGUGAAGGAUCAGAGGAUGAAGAUACUGAUCUAGUGAUCAUUCUGGUAACACAUGGUGCUGGGUGCAAUGCUCUCAUUGGAGCUUUGACAAACCAGCCAGUCUUAUUGGAUGUUGGUAUGGCAUCACUUACAAUGGCAGUUCGGAAGCCGAUUCCCGUCGGUACUCCAACUUCCAGUCCUGGGGCGACCCCAGAUUCACGUUCUCGGGCCAACUCGAGGAAUUUAAGUGUCUCUGAUGAAUACGAAGUUAAGCUUGUCGCAAAUACAGAACAUCUACGCACUAUGUCAACAGCUAUGCCGUCGUCCUCUAGGGCCGCGUCAGCCUCAGCACUUCCUCCAUUUCGUGAACGGUUCAAUCCUGUUGCAGCAUCUAUGGAUGGAACAAGCUUUGGUAAGCCUGGACGGUCCGUGGCUACAGGAGACAAUUUUGGCGGUCUUCGUCGGACAUCUAGCGUUGCAACCUCAAGGCCGAGGAGCUAUGUUUCAAACAAAAGAAGUUCUAUGGGUCUGUGGAGUGCCCCGUCAGCGCAGGAGGAAGAAACCGGGGAUGCGGAGGAUCAAAUGAUCUUGAAUUUCGGGGACGAGAAUGCUGUCUCUUCACCAAUCGAACGCGAGAAGAAGGCUAUCGCUAUAGAGAAUAGGAAAGAGGAAGAAGAUCAAGUGGCACCAUUAGGUCUUUGGGGCAGCCCGAGACCACCUGGUGAAGCUGAGAAAAUGCGCGAGGCGGGUCACAAGCGCAGAUGGACAGUGACCGAGCGAGGACAAGCCUGAUUGGAAUUGCAUUAAAGGGAAAAAUAGUAGGUUAGCGAUUGAUGCAUCUUCAAGAUCAUGGCCCAGCAGCAACUUUGAUAUCCAUGGAGCGUAGCGUUGGCGUCAGGCGAUUUGCGAUGCUUACGGAGUCAUUCAUUUGAUUUUCGGUGGCACAUGUUUUAUACUCUGCUCACGAUAACGGCUAUGCUAAAAGCAUAGAUAAGUAGGAUCUGAAGAAAAGGACACUCGUUUCCAAUACUGGCUUAAUUUAUAUUUGAUCGCCU